CCUGGUUGUCGGAUGCUUUCGCGUUCAGCUGUGGCGGGACUGGGUAAUGAACGAUUCUGAGAAAUUGCAAGCGGUGGACUGGGAGAAAACCAGUUCAUUAUGUCGGCAACAGCAGUGGAUACGGUUAAUGCUGCACCCCUUUCGGGGUCCAAAGAAAUGAGUUUGGAGGAACCAAAGAAGAUGACCAGAGAAGACUGGAGGAAGAAGAAGGAGCUAGAAGAACAGCGAAAACUGGGUAAUGCUCCUGCAGAAGUUGAUGAGGAAGGAAAAGAUAUCAACCCACAUAUUCCUCAGUAUAUUUCUUCAGUACCAUGGUAUAUUGAUCCAUCAAAAAGACCUACUUUAAAGCAUCAGAGACCUCAACCAGAGAAACAAAAGCAAUUCAGCUCCUCUGGAGAAUGGUACAAGAGGGGUGUAAAAGAGAAUUCCAUAACUACUAAGUACCGCAAAGGAGCAUGUGAAAACUGUGGGGCCAUGACACACAAAAAGAAAGACUGCUUUGAGAGACCAAGGCGCGUUGGAGCCAAAUUUACAGGAACUAACAUAGCUCCCGACGAACAUGUCCAGCCUCAGCUGAUGUUCGACUAUGAUGGGAAGAGAGAUCGGUGGAAUGGCUACAACCCAGAAGAGCACAUGAAAAUUGUGGAAGAGUAUGCCAAAGUCGAUCUGGCAAAACGAACAUUGAAAGCCCAGAAACUGCAAGAAGAAUUAGCUUCAGGAAAAUUAGUGGAACAAGCUAAUUCUCCAAAACACCAGUGGGGAGAAGAGGAACCAAAUUCUCAAACGGAAAAAGAUCAUAACAGUGAAGACGAGGAUGAAGAUAAAUAUGCAGAUGAUAUUGAUAUGCCUGGGCAGAAUUUUGACUCUAAGAGACGAAUUACUGUCCGGAAUCUCAGGAUUCGAGAAGAUAUUGCAAAAUAUUUGAGAAAUUUAGAUCCAAAUUCUGCUUACUAUGAUCCAAAAACUAGAGCGAUGAGAGAGAAUCCUUACGCCAACGCAGGAAAGAAUCCAGAUGAAGUGAGUUAUGCAGGAGAUAACUUCGUAAGAUACACAGGAGAUACCAUUUCAAUGGCUCAGACACAGUUGUUUGCUUGGGAAGCCUAUGACAAGGGAUCGGAAGUGCAUCUGCAGGCAGAUCCUACAAAACUAGAGCUGCUAUAUAAGUCUUUCAAAGUCAAAAAAGAAGACUUCAAAGAACAGCAGAAAGAAAGCAUCCUGGAAAAGUAUGGUGGCCAGGAACACUUGGACGCUCCUCCAGCUGAAUUGCUAUUAGCCCAGACCGAAGACUAUGUGGAGUACUCAAGACAUGGAGCUGUUAUCAAAGGGCAGGAGCGGGCUGUGGCCUGCUCCCGGUACGAGGAAGGUGUGAAGAUCCACAAUCACACGCAUAUCUGGGGAUCUUACUGGAAAGAAGGCCGAUGGGGAUACAAAUGCUGUCAUUCUUUUUUCAAGUAUUCCUAUUGUACUGGAGAAGCUGGGAAGGAGACUGUUAACUCAGAGGAAUGUGUUAUAAAUGAUGCAAGUGGGGAAGAAUCUGUGAAAAAACCCCAAACCCUCAUGGAGAUACAUCAGGAAAAACUAAAAGAAGAGAAAAAGAAGAAAAAAAAGAAAAAGAAGAAACACCGAAAGAGCAGUUCAGAGAGUGAUGAUGAAGAAAAGAAACAUGAGAAACUGAAAAAGGCACUGAAUGCAGAGGAGGCUCGCCUUCUUCAUGUCAAGGAGAUCAUGCAGAUUGAUGAGAGGAAGCGGCCUUACAACAGCAUAUAUGAAACUCGGGAGCCCACCGAAGAGGAAAUGGAGGCCUAUAGAAUGAAGCGUCAGAGGCCAGAUGACCCUAUGGCCUCUUUCCUUGGACAGCAGUAACUAGUCUAGAAGGUCAUCCACGAGAGACACAACCCACGUGUUCUUUUCAGCUUCCUGCUGAUGGUGACUAUUCUUGCUUCCUGACUUUAAUAAAGCUUUCAGAAGUCUCAAA